AUGCUACAUCCAUUUGGAGAGACAUUUGUAUACAACUGCCAGGACUGCACUUGUGAUGAGGACACAAAGACCGUCACGUGUGUAGAUCAUUCAUGCCCUGUCAUCCCAGAACCCAACUGCAAUGACCCAGGCUUUGUGCUUUCCAAUGAGACAAGUGUGGAUAAUCCUUGCUGCACAGAACUGAUCUGCAGAUGCAACAUUUCUUUGUGCAAGCCAAACGACCUAAAAUGCAGCACUGGAUUCCAAUUAGUUACAAAAAUAGAAGAAGGCAAAUGCUGCCCUGUCUACACCUGUGAGCCAAAGGAUGUUUGUGUCCUCAAUUCUGUGGAAUACCAGGUUGGAGUUCCAGUUCCGCUAGAUAAAUGCCAGACAUGUGUCUGCAGCCAGGAAAUCGAUCCUAAAGAAAAACUACACAUCAUUAACUGUGUGCCUGUGAAAUGUGUGGAGACUUGUGAGCCGUGUAAAGCGCCACAGAGCAGACAAAGCAAGUCAUGCUUACCAUGCGCAUGUCACAAUCCACACAGCAACCUGACAUAUUUUUGUUUCUCCACCUUCCAGGGAUUCAAAUAUCACCCAUCAAAGGAGGAAUGCUGUGGCAAGUGUACCCAGGAGCAAUGUUAUAUACAAUACAAUGGAACCAAUCAGCUGAUCAAGCCUGGUGAAACAUGGUCUCCUGCACACGAUAAAUGCUCUGUACACAGUUGCAUCCACAUCAAAGAUACCUUCAUAUCAACUGUAGCAAAUAUCGUGUGUCCAACAUUCCAUCCUGAAAACUGCCAGCCAGGAACUAUACAGACUGCUCCUGAUGGCUGUUGUAAAACAUGUCUGGAGAAGAACAAGUCCUGCAAGCUUCAGACAACUACCACCUUUAUAACUGAUAGGGGAUGCAAGUCUUUACAACCCAUUGACAUGACAUUCUGUGAGGGCGCCUGUGACACCUACUCCAAAUACUCUGCCUCAGCAGCCAACAUGCAGCAUAGAUGCACUUGCUGCCAGGAGGUGAAGACCCACAAUGAAACCAUCAGUUUGGCCUGCGAUGAUGGAACCAUUAAGCCUUAUAAUUACAUCUACGUGGACAAGUGCGACUGUCGCACCACUUCUUGUGGGCCUGACUUCAGGAGAACAAGGACCCGGAGAUACCUUCCGAAAACUGCAAGUGAGGAGUUUCCCUGAAAACGCUAUAAACACCAGAAUGAAUUUUGUCACUUUGACCGUGCACUAGUUUUCUGUAUGAAAUCUCUAUUUAUUGUUCUUUCGCUUCAUGUUAUUAAUAUCAGCUGCUAAUUAGUCACUUUUUUCAUGUGUUAGAAGUAGAUGUUAAAGCCUUGCAUAUUAAUCAAUAAAUCUUA